UUACAUCAAAUUUGAUACCUUUAGUUUCCUCGCGUCUGAGGCCACGAAACUGAUAAGUCGAGUCUAACGAGUCAUAAAUACGGAGUAGUUAUGUUAUGACCCUUAAACUUAUGGAUGUAAUUUUCAAAAGAAUUGGUUUUGCUAUUCAAAAAGGGAUAGUGGUGCAACUUCUCGCACGUUUGCAUUCUAUUUCGAUUUUAAUAAUCAAUAAAAAUUCAGAAAAAGUUAUCCCGUCCAGCAAGAAACUUCUUCGACCACAGAAAAUGCUCCGAGUGGCGGCUAAGCGGUUGUUCCCGGCGUUGCUCCGCUGCAGCAACCAGCCAAGAAUCUCUUCCUCCCUUCCAACUCUUUCAGGGGUCCGAACGCCGCGUUUCUUCAACUGUAUUGCAUCUGAGGCCAUACCGAAUCCAAACUCUGCAUUUUCUGACUCCGGGUCAUCGUCUCCUCCGACAUCAGGGCGGAGCGGAGAGGCGGAAGAUCGCAUCUACGAGAAGGAGGAGAAUCCGGAGCCGGGAGCGACUAAAACCAGGCCUAGGGCUCAGUACCAGGACGAACAAGCCCGUGUUCUGAGCGCCUCUCUCCCUCACGUGCUGAAAUUGGGAUGGACUGAAGCAGCCAUGAUUGCUGGUGCAAGGGAGGCUGGAUUGUCUCCUUCAGUCCUUGGAUCUUUUCAUAGGAAAGAAGCUGCUCUUGUGGAGUUUUUUAUGGAUGAGUGCUUGGAUAGACUCAUUGAUAUUAUUGAAUUGAGAACGGAUUUGAAAACGAUGAUACCUAGUGAGUGUGUUGCGACAAUUGUAAGACUCCGCUUAGAGUUGCAGUCUCCUUACAUAUCAAAAUGGGCUCAAGCACUCAGUAUACAGGCACAUCCACUGAACAUACCAACAAGUUUCAAGCAGAGGGCAAUGUUGGUUGAUGAAAUCUGGCGUGCGGCUGGUGAUGAUGCAGGUGAUAUCGAUUGGUAUGUGAAGCGAACCGUGCUUGGUGGAAUAUACUCUACUACUGAGCUAUACAUGCUAACCGAUUACUCUCCAGAUUUCCACGAUACCUGGGCCUUCUUGAAUGCUCGGAUUAAAGAUGCUUUUGAUCUUAAAAAAACUGCACAGGAGACAAAAUACCUGGCAGAAGCAGUUGGUGCAGGAAUGGGGGGCUCCUUACAGGGGUUUAUCAAAGGUAUUUUCCAGAAGUGAAAAGCUUGUUUUUUUUUCUUUCAAUUUCACCCUAAAAAAAUGGGUUUGGUUUUCUGUUUUUGUUUGGGGAACUCUCCACUGUCAAUAAUAAUGUUGUAGGGUUAAAAUAGAGAUGAUGUGUCUGUAAAUUCUGAACACAUUACCCAGCCAGAGAGACAAUUUGUGUCCCAAAUUCUGGGUGCAAGACCAACACUUCUAUCCUAUGUUGUUAAUACUCCUCUGAGUUGCCUCCUCUGAGUUGCCUCUCAAAUUCUGGGAGUAACUUGCUUCUUGAAAUAUGGGUCUAUAU